GUCAUGGCGUAGCUAAGGACGCGAUCAGUCUUGGAUUGCUUCUUGUGUGUGCAAAAUUUAAAACAUGUUUUGAAGUUUAUAAUUUCCGUUUGUUUGUUUAUAGAAAGCCGUAUCUGGUAAGAACGAGUAGCUUGCCUUACUUAGCUUAUCUCAGAAGUCUUAUACUUUGCGGCCUGCAAGACGAUAUUUUGCGGCCCGUUACAUGACAGCAAAGUUUAGUGUCAAUGCGGCCCGCGCGCUGUCUCCAUUCUCGUAUCUAUAAUGUGGCCCUCCGCGACAGUUUCAGUCGAAUCUCACCGACUAGUCUAAUUCUAAUUUUAUUUUUGGAUAGAUUUGGACGUUUCGUAUUCUCCAUCCAUGUUUAUCCUCUGUUGGUCCAUACAUUUUCUGGAGAACUUUUCUAUCCCAUUUGUUUCAUAGGUUUUCUGCCGUCUUUAUUAGGGUCAAAGUUUCACUUGCGUAUGUUACAACUGGCCUGAUUACAGUUUUCUUUAUAGUUUUCUUUGUUUUUUGUUUUUUUUUUUAUGUUUUUUCUGACUACUGAAGUUUGCCGCCGAUAUUCUUUCUUUUAUUUAUGUUAGCCAUUCAUUUCUUUCAUUUAUUAAGGAUCCUAGGCAUUUGAAUUAAUUUAAUUUCUCAAAAAGUGUGGUUUCUAAUUGUAAUGGUAUCAUCUGUCUGUUCUUCUCUUAUCAUAGGCAUAUAUUUUUUUAUUUUUCUAUUUUUGUUUUUUAUUUUUGUUGUUGUUAACUUCUAAACCUGCUUGUAGAGAGAGAUGCGUCUUCUAAUUCAAUAAAGCUUUUGGUAUGUACUUACUACUUUCCUGUACACUGUUAUGUCAUCAGCAUAUGCAAGAUACUGAAAGGGUUGGUGGAAGAGAGUGCCCUUUGGUUGUCGAUCUUGGGUUUCCCUCAGAAGGUGUCAUACUAUUGUUCUUCGGGUGUCAACAUGUAUGCUUCUUUUAGCUCUCUCCAAUGUUAGGUUAAAUAGGUUAAAUUGUUCUUCGGGUGUCAACAUGUAUGCUUCUUUUAGCUCUCUCCAAUGUUAGGUUAAAUAGGUUAAAAUAUUCUUCGGGUGUCAACAUGUAUGCUUCUUUUAGCUCUCUCCAAUGUUAGGUUAAGUAGCAUACAAGACAGGUGGGUCUACUUGUCUUAGGUCUCGUCUAAUCUGAAAUUCCCUGGACUAUAGACCAUAAGCCUUGAUUUUGAUCUUUUAGCCGCUUAAUGUUGUUUGUACAAGUCUUGUCAGUUUGUUGGGUAUACCAACCUCCUGCAGAGUCUCAUAUAUUUUCUUUUUUAUGCAGUCAUGUACAGCUUUAUAGUCCACAUAGAGUCGAUGUACUGGGAUAUUAUACUCAUAACAUUUCUCAAAUAGGCAUCUGGUGGUGAAAAUCUGAUCAGUCGUAGAUCUGUUUUGUCUGAAUCCACAUGGGUAGUCACCAACAGGGACAUUCCUCUGUAGUUUGGGCAUUGAAGUUUCGAAACUAUCUAGUGGGUUGUGUUUAUUAAUGAUGUGUCCCAUUCUGUUGGAUUUUCUCUUUUUGCUAUAUUUUGGUUAUAAGAUUAAGUGUCUGAGUGUGUAUUUUUCUUCCUCCAUAUUAAUAAGCUCUUCUGUGUUGAGGUCUCCCAAAUGGCUUUGUGGCUUUUCAUAGAAUUGAAUACUUCUGUAGUUUCUUUCAAAGUUGGGGAGUUUAUUGAAAGGGUCUUGUCCCCAGCAGCACCACAGAAACAAAAUAGAAGUGGGGGCUGUGAUACGGCCCUAAAAAACGAAGACCUUCACAAAUAAAUUUUUACAAAAAUAAGGUUUUUAUUUGUAAGAUCCUUUAUAUUAUUUGAUCUCCACAGUGACCAAGUAUUUCUAAGGAGAGCUUACCAUUAUGUCCGGCCAACUAAAAAGCCACCGGUCAAUUACUGCCCAAGUUGUGUUGUACAUCUUUCUCACGCUUGGCCCGACGUUAACUGGUUCGGAUAAUGGCGUGCACGAGAAGAAGAUCUACGGCAACUGGCAAGUCCGACAGGUACGGUAUAGAUAGACAGAAUAAGACUGAUAGGUUUAGACUAACACGGGUGGGAUAGAUAGAUAGAAUAGGACUGACAGAUUUAGACUCACACGGACAGUAAAUAUAGAUAGAAUAAGACUGAUAGAUUUAUACAAAUAUAAUUCCUAAAUUGUCAGAAAACUUUAAUAAUCGUAUGUCUUUAUGAAAAAGUUUUUGUUUUUUUUUUAAAAAAAAGCUUUAAAGCGUUCAUACUAAAUAAUAGUUGAAAUGAAAGUAUGUCUUGGACUUAAGAGACAGACAGAAAGUUAUCUCAUAGAAUCAGUUAAUGAAGAAAUUAUGUUUUUGGGUUGUUCUUUAUUCUUAAGUAUUAAACUUUCUUUUUCACAAAUAUCUCUAAAGACCAGUUAUUCUUGUCACUCUCAAAGACCAGUUAUACCACCCUUGAUCUAGUUUAACUGGUAGAUGGGACAUAAUUGGUGGAGCAAUUGGUCAUAACCGGUGGUGCUAUGGGUCAUAACAGGUUGAACCAUAGGUCAUAACUGGAGGAACCAUGGUACAUUAAAGGCGGAGCUAUGGGCUAUAAUAGGUGGAACCGUGGGUCAUAACUGGUGGAGCCGCAUGGGUCAUAACCGGUGGAGCCAUGGGUCAUCCUCGCUUGAUAAUUCAUCAUCUCCCUUUAUUUCUGAAUACAAUUAUUAUUAGUCUUGAAGCUUGUUCGGCAGAUAGUCUCUGCUUUCGGUUGUCACUUGAUGUGAAAGCCAUUUUGUUCAGGUAAACAAAGUUUUAGCGAAAUUUAGCUGUCACAAAAAGCAUAAAUAUCUAGGGGUAAAAUUGCGAUUAAAAUAAAAAAACAAACUCCUAGCACGUUUGAAAAAUGUAAACACCGGAAGAGGAUUCGGAAAUAUUGGUUUGGACAAAAUACCGAAUUAUUUAUAUAAAAUCCCAACAUCAAAGAGUCACUGUAAUACGCCACAAGGACUGGUUCGCGUCAAAACGGGACCGGCGGAAAGCCAGUUGGACUGAGCGCGUCGGACUUAAAACAGUUACCAAUAUAUAUUACAUAUGUAGGACAGCACCUCUCUUUAUCAAACAGAACCAGCGGUACUGCAGGCAAGUGUUGUACUGUGAGUUCCGUGAGGCCAACUGUGCACAGGUGACAACAGCCAACACAUGGACGUGUAACAGAAUCAACGCGGAGAUUGCUGAGAAAGGAUGCGUCAUGAGAAGUAAUAUACACACUACAAUCCUUUGAUGUUAACAUCGCCUGCCUUUCGAACAUCACCUUUGACAAAAUUCUUAUACAAUUAUAUCUAUCUACUUCUCUCUCUCUCUCUCUCAAUCUCUCUCUAUCUCUUUCUCUCUCUAUUUCUCAAUUUCUAACACACUGUCUUUCACUCAUCCUCAAAAAAAUAAUGUAUAUCUCCCCUUUUGUAUUUCGCCCCACUCUUUCUUUCUAUAUUUCUAUUUCUCUCUCUAUAUAUAUAUAUCUCCAUAUUCAUGAGUUUGGCAAAUAUCUUUAAUAGUAAACGCUGUUGCUGUUGCUGUUGUUGUUGUUGUUUUUGUAACCGAGUAGCACCCCAUUCAAAGGUCAUUACAGCAGCAGCGAGGCAGUUUACCAUGAUUUUACUUUACAUUUAUUAUAAAAAAAAAAUAUCUACUUUUGGUUUAUUCCCAGUUUGUAAAACCGAUCUUAAAAUGGUGUGUUCUGCGACUUCCCCUGGCGCUGAGUACCAAGAGGUGAGUAGGUUGCUGUCGUCCCAACAAGAUCAUUUCGUUCGCCUUAUGUGGAUUGAAAAGAAAAUUUCUCAAGUGAUAUAAAUUAUUUCAAAAUUAUUUCAAUGUUCUUAUAAAGACUCACAAAGACUUUCUAAGAUUAAGCACACACAUACUCCAAAUUCGAAGGUGGAUUCGAAAGAAAUUAUUCAUAAGUGAGUGAGUACACAUUUAAUAUAGAGUAUGACGUCAUUGAUAAAGAAAUCACCUUUUAUAAAGAAAAGGAACGUUUUUUUUUUUUUCAAUAAAAUAACAAUUGUCCGAGCAGCACUUCACUUCAUGCAGCAACACAGCAGCCGCACUAUCUUGUGGAUGGCUGGUCAAAAGAAAUACAUUGGAGCUCGUUUCAUUCUCACGUGGGAUAUGUGGCCUCUGACGAUUGUUUCAAAAGUUACAGCUUCAAGAAUAUGCUAACUAAUCAAACGUAGCAACGCCGGCCUUGGGUCCUUUUUUUUUUUCGCCCUGUGCGAAGCACCUUUUUGGCGCCCCCUUCCCUGUCCCUUAUGGCCCCGCUCUUUUUUCCGAUGAAGACGAAGGCUAUGGAGCACGUGUUAUGAUGCUAUACAUGUAGCUAACCAUACGCAUUUUAACGUGCAUAUUAAUGUAGACGGUUUAGUUUUUCUACGGUACUUUGUUCCAUUUCCACACCGCCCUUGUGGCUGGGCUACCAGUCAAUUUUUUUUUAAAUUCCCAAGAUUAGGUCAAAACAUUUCCCAAGAUAUCCCAAGAUCAUGAAAAUACACAAGAGCUUGUUUUUUUUUUUAAAGGACCUUUCAAGGGGGGGGGGGGGUUGUUUUUUUUUUAAAAAAGCGAGUUUUGGCUCUGAAUGAGGUAGUGAAUUCCCAAGAUCUUGGGAAAUUUCCCAAGGUGUGGCAGCCCUGCUUUGGGGUCGUCAAUAAUCUGCCCCUUUGAGGUUGGAACUAUCAUCGCGUUUAUUUUUUUUUUUUAAAGAGUAUCCCCAGGUGCCCCUAUGGCCAAGGUGCCCCUAUGGCCAAGGUGCCCUGUGCGAGGGCACAGGUCGCACACCCUAAAGGCCGGCGAUCAACGUAUAUAGGUUUAACUUGUGUGUUUGGAUUUAAAAUGGGGAAACAAUGAUGUUUCUGGUUUUAAUUUUUGUUUCCCCUCCGAAUACACUGAUGCCUCUUAUAAAUUGAAACGAGUCCCACCUUCUAAUCAUCGCUUUUGAUUAAGUAAUGUAUUGUUCGUUUGGGUUAACUUUGGGUUAAUGCUUAAUUACUUUUUGUCCACAAGACGAGCAGUGACAGCUGCCCUUUGGGAGAGAAGUGCUUUGUCAACGUGACGCCUCAGACGAACACGCUAGUCCCAUUAAACACCAGUCCAGCAUCGCUUAAACCUGGGGCCUCCACACCAUCACCAGCUGCUUUGAUGCCAUCACCUGCGUCUGGUCCGACGGUCACAACCGUCUCUUCAACACAAAAUGGUGCAGCGCCGCUUGCAGAAACUGUACCUGGACUGUCCACAUCACUUGGACCAGGGGCAACAACAGCAUCUGUACCUGGUUCUACCCCUGCCUCUAUACCUGAGGCCACCACCGCCCCUGUACCUGGGGAGACCACUGCCCUUGUACCUGGGGAGACCACUGCCCCUGUACCAGUGGAGACCACUGCCCCUGUACCUAGGGAGACCACUGCCCCUGUACCUAGGGAGACCACUGCCCCUGUACCUAGGGAUACCACUGCCCCUGUAACUGGGGAGACCACUGCCCCUGUAGUUAUGGAGAUCCCUGCUCCUAGACCUGGGUAGACCCCUGCCCCUGUACCCGGGGAGACCCCUGCCCCUGUACCCGGGUAGACCAAUGCCCCUGUAACUGGGGAGCACCUUCCAACUGUAGUUUCUUCAAACCUCGACCCUGGCAUGCCACCUAUGCAGCAAAACGCCGUGAUGAUGAUCGUCAAUUGACCAGUAACCUAAUAAGUUCACAUCCGGUCGGCCUCGUCUUGACCAGUAACCUAAUAAGUUCACAUCCGGUCGGCCUCGUCUUGACCAGUAACCUAAUAAGUUCACAUCAGGUCGGCCUCGUCUUGACCCUAAACAAUCUCAUCUGAUCAUUGUAUACAAUCUCAUGUCAUGGCUGUCAGCAGAUUGAUCUGAUAAACCUUAAGGCUUAUUAAUCUGUAAUUUAAUAAAAAUCAAAUCAAUUAAUGUGCUUCAGGUUAUAUCAUGCUUACGUGAAAGCCGU